CCCCGUAUGAGGGCGGCGGUGGGGACUGAACCUGCCCUCUCGGCGCCCGGGGGACUUGGCAGCGCCUGCCCGAUGGCGAGGAGCUGGUGCUAAGGCGGGGGUCUUCACGGGAGCGGACAUCCAGGGGAGCGGAUCCGGGGUGGCGGGCGGCCGCGGAAGGCCGGCGGCGAUGAGUUUGGUAGGUGGCUUCCCCCACCAUUCGGUGGUCCACCAUGACGGCUACCCCUUCGCCGCCGCCGCUGCCGCCGCCGCCGCAGCAGCCGCCGCCAGCCGCUGCAGCCAUGAGGAGAACCCCUACUUCCACGGCUGGUUGAUCAGCAGCCACCCUUCGGAGAUGUCCCCGCCCGACUACAGCAUGGCGCUCUCGUACAGCCCCGAGUACGCCAACGGAGCGCCAGGCCUGGAGCAUCCCCACCACUACGUGGGCGGCGUGGCUCCCCCUGGUAGCGGCGGCGGGCCGCCGGGCUUGGGGGGCGGCCCGCGACCGGUCAAGCGGCGCGGCACGGCCAACCGCAAGGAGCGGCGCAGGACUCAGAGCAUCAACAGCGCCUUCGCCGAGCUGCGCGAGUGCAUCCCCAACGUCCCGGCCGACACCAAGCUCUCCAAGAUCAAGACGCUGCGUUUGGCCACCAGCUACAUCGCCUACCUCAUGGACCUCCUGGCCAAGGACGACGCCAAUGGCGAGGCCGAGGCCUUCAAGGCGGAGAUCAAGAAGACCGACCUCAAGGAGGACAAGAGGAAGAAGGAGCUGGUCAGUAACGAGAUCUUGAAAAGCACAGUGAGCAGCAGCGACAAGAAAACCAAGGGAAGGACUGGCUGGCCCCAGCACGUUUGGGCUCUGGAGCUCAAGCAGUGAAGGCGAGAGAGCGUGAAGAGCGGAGAACCGGAGAACCCGGUC